UAUUUUUCCAUUUCUCUCGCUAAGCUAGCAUUCCUAUUAGCUGCACUUUGUACCAACGUCGGCAUGUUCUCCACUUUGUUGCUUUUCUCCUUUUCCAAAACGAAGUAGAACUACAUUUACGUUGAUGUGUUAGCGUGAUGUCCAUGUUGAAUAUUUCUUGUUCAAAUUAUUAUUAGUUCUGGUGAAACAUCAGGUCAGGGGAGUUUUUGGUCGGUAAUGCUGCUUUGAAAUUUUGAACUGGAUACCCAACAUCCCGCCUCACUCUCGCCAUGAAACUAAAGCUGGAUUUACGCUGCAAGGCUCAAAGUGACAAGUGUUGCAAAAGGGGGAAAAAAUAGGAAGUGAUAUUUUCAGACUGGAAGUUUUGUAAUCCCAUUCCUCAUCUGCCUUUUGGUCUUUUAACAAGAUUAUUUUUCAAAAUAAUAUCCUGUCAUUACUCUUAGCUUUCCAAUAUAAUAAAAGUGAUGUCUAGUUGGCUAUUGGAUCAAUUAUCUAAAAAGUUUGACCCCCCCCUUCGUUUGUUAGACAAACUGCUUUUUCCUCUCCUAUUCAUGUCUCCACUCAUGCGAUUGAGCUUUGUUUGUAUUUAAGGCGGUGAGAGAAAACCGUGUUGUGUCGGAAGUUAAUGAGCCAUCGUAAAGCACACUGGAAAUGUUUGAACGCUUUCCUCUUUGGAAUUCCUCUGUUUUUUGUUGUUUUUUUCCUUCUUCCUCUUGAUCCCGUGUGUCUAAUUAAACUUAACUAUGAGUUUGAAAACAACUAAAAUUUAAUGUUUUGUAAUUGUAAUGUAUAAUAUGAGUGAAGAGAUUUUAUUUCUAAUGACAUAAAAUUUAACUUUGGAAUGUAUGUUUUCCGUGUCUUGUUUUAUUCGGAUUAUAAAGAACCUGUGAAUUGUGUUUAUUGGCACCUCUAAGUGGUCAUACUUUGACCAUUGUCCACCUUUUACUCGAAUGAACAUAAAUAUUGAUUCUGACCAUUACGUAUUGUAUGUUUUAAAAUAUAUUUGCAUUUAUGAAGUGUUAUUCACCACUAUUAGGAGAAAAUGUGUCAAUGAGACCAAGCACUGUUCAAAUGAAGCAUAAAAUAUGGUAUGAACAAUUUGCCUCUUUAAAUUCCAUUUUAUUUUUUAAAAAACACAUUACACAUUUUUUAUUGGUCUUAUUUAAGACGCUCGAAUGGGUAAAUAUUUCAGUUCAUUUCAAAGGCACAAGACAAUUUGAGAUAUAAAUGUUGUGAGAUACGAGCUGGUCGUGCAACAAAUUAAACUUGUGUUUAUAGCUGUUGCUCAUUCCCAAAUGUUAUUGAUCACCCCUCCAAAAAAAAAAAGGAAACCAGUAAUGAACAAAAAUAGCAGUGGUGUAAUAACAGUAAUUGUGUGUACACUCUCAUCUGGCACCUCAAUAAACUGCAGCCCUUCCCAUUCCCUUUAAAGGAGCGUGCCGUCCUCUAAACAUGGACAUGCACUUUCCCAGGAUUCCAAGGAAUGUCCCAGCCUCUCAGCAGCUUUCUGUCACUGGCCGCCCUCUCUGCAAGCAUUAUGUCCAGACGGAAGGUGAGAGGCCUGACCCGGAUGGGGCGACAGGUGAGCGAGGACCCGGACCUGGACACCUUGCUGUCAACGCUCUCCCCGGAAGAGAUGAAGGAGCUGGAGAAGGACAUGAUGAAGGUGCCUGACAUUAACCCGGAUGACGGCGAGGUGACCCUUCAACCCGGGCCCGCCACAGGCAAGAACAACCACCAGGACGCCAAAAGUUGCCGCAACGAGUACACACUCCAGGCUGAACCCAAGAAGGAAAGCCGGAAGCAGGAUUACCAGAGGAAGACAAGCCAGGAGGGCAACGAUGCCACCGGAGUUCAACGACGAAGAGAAAACGAGGUCAAACCCGGUGACGACAAAGCUCCAGAAUCAUCGAAAGAGGAGCAAAGUCAGCUCUCCGGGGACCUGAAGGACAGUCGCAAGGAGAAAUCGACAUGUGAAGACAGCAGGAUGACAGACAGAAGAGAGAGCCGAGAGAGCAAAACAAGGGACGUGAUCUCCAAGCUGCAGGAGAAGAAGAAAGAAGAGACCCGUAGGGACGACUGCAGGAGGAGGGAAGACACCAAGACCAAGGACAUCAUCUCCAGACUACGGGAGAAAAGCGAGAAGGAAAGCGGCAGAGAGCGGGUGCGGCGAUCCGACAGCUUCAGGACGCAGGGCCUGGUUUCCAAAAUGCUGGAGAAGCAAAACAAAUCCCAGGAGAACCCGACUCCCGAGGAGAAGAAGCACCAGGAUGAGGAGAAGGACAAGAAGGCGGCUUGUCGAGUGCAACGACAAGCAUCUGAGAAGGAGGAGGGAACGAGAAAAGGCGAAGAACUUCUCAACCACAGCGACUCUUUGGAGAAGAAAGCAGAAGAGGAGAAAGUGGACAACCAGGAAAAACCCGCUAAUUGCGUAGCCCCGACCGCCAAAACGAAGGAGGAAGACGCCGCCGACGAAGACGCUAGCAUGUUCGACGAGCUCCUGGAGCAGGUCCGGAGUGACGACCCGUCCUUGGUGGAGCUGAACGUCAACAACUCGGAGGUGAUCAAGACCAAGACGCUCAUCGAGCUGGCCGAGGCGCUGCGCCGCAACACCCACGUCAGGAAGGUGGCGCUGGCCAACUGCCGCGCCGACGACCACGUGGCGUACGCCGUCGCCGACACGCUACGCCACAAUGCCACCGUCACCAGCAUCAAUCUGGACUCCAACCAUCUCACCGGCAAGGGCAUCCUGGCCCUCAUCCAGGCGCUGCGCUACAACGCCACCCUCACCGAGCUGCGCUUCCAGAACCAGCGGCACAUCUGCGGAGGCAAGACGGAGAUGGAGAUGAUCAAGGUGCUGAAGGAGAACACCACCCUGCUUAAACUGGGCUACCACUUUGAGCUGGCGGGCCCCAGGAUGACCACCACCAAUAUCCUGAGUCGGAACAUGGACCGCCAGCGUCAGAGGCGCUUGCAAGAGCAGAAGCAGGCCCAGGCCGGUAACGGAACCGACAAGAAGGAUACUCUGGAGGUACCCAAGCUGGGUGCUGGAGGCUCCCCGAGGAAUUCCACCACAUUCAACUCUCCAAAGGCAUCCCCCAAACCAUCACCGAUGCCCUCACCGAUCCCUUCACCCAAGCUGACCCCCAAGAGGGGAGCCGGGGUUGCUCCGCCCCCACCGCCCCCACCUAUGGGAGGGCCCCCGCCUCCUCCCCCUCUCAUGCUAGAAGUGGACUCUUUAAGGAACUCUUUGACGCCGGUAUCGCGGAGGAGCGUGGACGGGAAGGGUCGUGCCGGGGCAAAGAACUCCAGGGACCAGCUGCUUGCCUCCAUCAGGGGGAGCAACAUCGAACAACUCAAGAAGGUGCCCAUACCCAAGUGGCUGCAGUGAGUUUUCCCAUCUGGAAUUUAAGAAUACGGUUGAACAGACAUCUCGCCGCAAGGUGACAAACCCUCCCUCGGGCGGAGGGGAGGGUCCAUCUUGCGAGUAUGACAGUCUUGACUACGAGGCCGCCGUAUUCCGUCAGACGGAAUACUGGACCAAAAGGACCCUUGUGGAGAACAGGGCCCACGACGGUGUCUGCAAGUCGUCCAUUUUGCCGUCAUAUCGCUCUUUGCUGGUUGUUUGUUAUUUGCACUAAUGAAGGAUUUAAAACAACAUAGAAACAACAAAGAAUGUUUAGCAUUUACAAUUGAUGGCCUGAUGGUUUUCAAGGAAAGAUAAAAUACACCACAGAAAAAGAACAUCUUGGAUUAUGCGUCUCAUGUCAAUAAAUCUCAGGCAAAGUUGAUUUGGAAAAGUGCCACGAUGGAGUUUUAGUUUGGCAAUCAUUACAUGGCAGUGAUUAGAAAGUACAAAUUUAGAAGUGUUGUACAGAAUGGUUCCAGCUAACGUGAUUGAUAAUCGUAUGUAACGUUAAUGCAAUACAGCUACAAUAUGUGUUUUUAAGGAUGAUAUCGUAAAUUGAUAACUUUUGAGUGAAUGUCUUUUCUUCAAGGAUUGCGUGGCACUUCCUCUUCGUGUAAUUUUUUUUUCAUUUUGCAAUGACACGCGCCAUUCUUACAAAGCCUGUACAUCUUCAAUAAAAUGCUUUGCUAAGUUUC